GAGGAAGGAAGUUAGAACUUGAAGCUAACCUUCAUCUUCUAUUCAAGUGGUUACAAUCCUCAACCCUCGCUACUAGAUAAUUUUGAAUCCACAGGAUGACGACUGAUACUCAUUUGCGCUCAUUUAUCGACCGGCACCGAAUACUACUUGCCAAGGAACGAGAAGCAGAGAUCGAGAGAUCCUCGCUGUUGCUCUCCAACUGCGGACCGAAACUCUUGGAGCAGAGAGGUCUGGCUUUGGGAGGUCUAUCGAUAUCCAAUGUUACUAUUGGCCUUGGAGGGAAAACUGCAGGCUCGUUGAGCUAGAGCGAUCGACAGCAUACCAUACCUCUCCAAUAUUUCCACCCCACACCUUCAGACCUGGUGAUCUAGCUCGCAUCGAGGAGAAUGUAUCAGGGAACGCUCCGACAAAGAAAUCUGCGAAGUCUAAGAAGGACGCCGAUAUGAAACGAUCGAAAGCUCCUGAAGGAGUUGUGUACAAGGUCACAGAUGUCCGCAUCGUAAUUGCAAUCGACACGUCUGACUCCAGCGAAGAGCUGGAUCUUCCGGACAGAUGCCGCGUGUUAAAGCUAGCAAAUAGUGUCACCUACGAUCGUAUGGAUAAGACACUUGAUCAGCUCGAGAAGAUCGUCUUGCCUCCGGCUGAAUCCUCGUCAACGCCUGCAACAACCCCACUACUCCGAGUCCUCUUAGGCUUGUCCCAACCUUCGGAGAAGGUUCCUGUACAGGAUCUCACUUUCUUCGAUGAGACUCUGAAUCCUAGUCAACGCGAAGCUGUUCGAUUUGCUUUGGAGUCCCCGGAAAUGGCGUGUAUCCACGGACCACCCGGUACCGGGAAGACGCAUACACUCAUCGAGAUCAUCAGGCAACUCACAACCAUAACGCCUGCAAAUCCUAAACCGUUACGACUCUUGAUCUGCGGGGCUUCGAACUUGUCCGUGGAUAACAUCCUAGAACGAUUACUCGCCUUGCCUGUAUCGGACAAGGGUGACCGUUUAAAACUUACAAGGCUGGGUCAUCCGGCGCGAGUAAUGGCCAAGGAGGGUGUUAUUGAGGCUACAUUGGAGGUAAAGGCCAAUAGAAGCGAUGAGGCCGCGUUAGCGAAAGACGUGAAGAAUGAGUUGGAAGCGGCUCUAAGUACGCUCUCUGGAAAAGGCAAAGCUGCAAAAGGUAAAGCACCAAGAGGUCUGGAGCGUAAGAAGAUGUGGGAAGAAGUACGUGCUCUACGAAAAGAAUACCGUCAGAGGGAAGGCAAAGUAGUUGAGACCGUUAUGGGUCGCUCUCAAGUGGUUUUGGCCACUUGUCACUCUGCUGGAGGUUGGCAGCUGCGGAACCACAUUUUCGACGUGGCCAUUAUAGAUGAGGCUACCCAGGCUCUCGAAGCUGUUUGCUGGAUUCCAGUCCUCAAAGCCAAGAAGUUGGUUCUGGCUGGUGACCCAAAUCAACUCCCGCCGACUAUCAUCUCGAUCGACAAACCAAAGAAGGAUAAGCCGAAAGUGGAAAGUACAAAGCCCAUCACUUUGACCAAACCUAAGGAGACGAAAGAGAAAAUAGCUGCUAUGCCGACAAAGAAAGAGACCCUACCCGUCAAGAGCGCAGCAGACGUUAGUGCAGGCACAUCUGAGUCCGAAGAUUCAGACGUUGAUUCGCAGGACGAUGUACGAGAAAGUAAAGCGGGAAGAGCUACUGCGAAAUCAGUUCAAAUUACCAAGAAGCCUCGGCGCGAGCGUGGAAUCCUUCGACCUCCUCGAUCGCUGGAGACUACGAUGUUCGAUCGACUAGAGAAGAUGUACGGACCUAGUAUCAAACGUAUGCUUAACGUUCAGUACCGAAUGAACGAGAAGAUCGCAGCUUUCCCUUCGAAAACAAUGUACCAUUCCAAACUCACAUCGCAUCCCUCAGUUGCUUCCCAUCUUCUGAGUGACCUUCCAAAUACGAAGGCGGAUACACCUGAGGAAGAAUUAGAGGUCUUGGGUACACCUGUGGUUUUCUUCGAUACAGCCGGUUGCGAGUACUAUGAGAGGCUGGAGGGUGACGGCGAUGAGGGUAGUCGAUGUAAUGAGAAUGAAGUGAUGGUGGUGAAAGCUUGGGUCGAGCGAUUGAUAUCAGCCGGUGUUCUACCCUCUCAAAUAGCCAUCAUUACUCCUUAUCAAGCGCAAGUAUCGUUAUUGACGUCACUUAUGCGGCCAAUAUAUGGCCUCGAUCUGGAGAUAGGCACUGUAGACGGUAUGCAAGGACGGGAGAAAGACGCUGUCAUCAUCUCUCUUGUCCGCUCCAACGAAGACGUAGGUUCCCAACUGACGCUGUCAUUCUCACGAGGACUAAUCCCAAGCAUCUCGCAGCGUGAAGUUGGCUUUUUGAAGGACAAGCGGCGACUAAACGUGGCAAUGACUCGAGCCAAACGACAUCUGUGCGUCAUCGGCGAUUCAUCGACUGUCCAGCACGGGAGUCCUUACCUGAAGAAAUGGAUGUCAUGGCUAGAGAAUAACGCAGAUGUUCGGUAUGCAGGAUUAGAAUAGGCCCUUUCAUCUACAAGCCAUGGAAAUUUAGAAAUAACAAUGUACAGUACACAGACACCCACUGGCAGUAUGCAGGGUCAUAGCCUUGCUUGCACGCUUGUCGCGGGCUGGCGUUUGCCAUACUCCAAUUGCAGGAUAUUGAAGAUGAUCUGGGCACUCCCCUUUGGAUUGUCUUGGACAACCUA